UCGAAAGUAACAUGGUGUUGCUUUAAUUUCAAACUAUAAAUCCUAAUUAGCCCAUGAGAGCACUUAGUGAUAUACUGUACUUUUCCAAAACUAGUUAAUUAACCCACAUAAGAAAAAUUAUACUAAAAUAAAAGUACAAUAGCUGUUUGUGUUUACGUACACGAACCAAAGGCUAAGUUGCAGUAAGUGUAUGUGUUGAGUUCACUUGACACCUCUGGGUUUGAACCCUGACAUUUCUCGCCUCUCACUGCCUGUGUGGUUGAAAACAACCUGCCUUAGGUAUAAUAAAGGUUCAUUCAAACCUCAGCUUGGCUCUUGUUGCGUUUGUGUGUGUGUGUGUGUUUUGGACAUGUGCAGUGUUUUCCAGCACAGUCAUAUUUCCCACCUGUUGGAGAGGGACGAAAGUGAAAGGGCCCUGUGUGAGGCUUCCCCACCCAUUUAACACGAAGAGAGUUCCGGGUUCUUUCCAGACGAGAGCCGCGCGCUACUUCAGCUUUAUCACGCUGUUUAUACGCUCGGACCAUGUCCCUUUUGCUGGAUCACCAAUUCAACGAGCUGCCUCCUGACAAGUCGAUAAAUACCAAGUUCUUUCUAGAAACUGUCUCUUUCCUUCCGCCGUUUUUUGACUGCUUAGGAUCAAAAGUAUUUGCUUUCAUCAAAUCAGACAUUAACGGCAAUAUAAGGAAAAUUAGAGCAGUAUAUGACAAGGACCCUGAAAAGUCCGUCACCCUGCAGGACAUUCUGGAAGCAGAGCGAGAAGCCCAUGGAGCUGAAUGGCCUAAAGUUGGUGCAACAUUAGCUCUGAUGUGGCUGAAAAGAGGUCUCCGUUUCAUGCAGAUCCUUCUACAGAGUUUGGUAGAUGGAGAUAGAGAUGAGAACCAUCCCAACCUGAUCCGGGUCAAUGUCACCAAAGCCUACGAUCAGGCACUGAAGGACUACCACGGCUGGAUAGUUCAGAAGAUUUUCCAAGCAGCAUUAAUUGCAGCUCCCUACAGAUCAAACUUCCUGAAGGCUUUGUCAAAGGGAGAGGAAGUGAAAGAGGAGGAGUGUCUGGAAAACAUGCGUCAGUUCCUGGUUAAUUUCACUCCCACUGUCGAUGCCAUCUAUGAGAUGUACACAAAUCUGAACGCAGAGCUGGACUACACUGCUUGAUGUCUGAUGACAUUACUAAACAAGAGGUGGAGAACCAUACUGCAUCACUAUCUUGUUUGUCAUCCAUCCAAGAGGAGUCACAGAGGUCUUGUUUUCAAAGAUGUUUUUACUAGAAUUAUUUGAUUUUUUUUUUUUUCCCUCACAGUGUGUUAUUUAUUAUUUGGAUUAUACCAAACACAAUAUUAAUACUACUAGUGUUUAGUCUUAAAAUGAUCCUAGCAAUUAUUAUAGUGUAAAAUUUUUGUUGUGUGUAAUUUCAAGUAAUUGCACGAUUGUUAGAGCAGCAGUAGCGCUGUCACUGCUAUGCAGAACUGUUACACACUAACGUGGCCUUCACCUGUUCCAUCAGGGGAAGAAUACAAGACUGUCAGCACUGUUUUUACAGAAAAAACAUUUUUGCUAAUACUUCAUUCUCUGCUUCCCGAGCCCUUGAGUUGCCUCCACUGUUAACCUGGGAGCAGCGGUGGUCAGUAGUAAUUUGAGAUUUAACAUAUCCUGUUAUUUGUUAACUGCUGGAAGCCACUGAAUGCUGUGGUGUUACUGAGUAAAUACACAGGGUUUUCAAAGUAAGCUCAGAAUUACAUUUUUUUUUAAGAAUUCUAUUUCUCUUAUAAAGCACAGAUGUUCUUCCUAAGAGGGCUUUUGCCUGUGUUUAGUUGGAAGUUGUGGAUGAUUUGUUUGUAGCCCUGUUUUGUUCCUAUUUAUCUCUCAAACUGACCUAAAUUCAUUUACACAGACAUACUGUUCAGGCUUAUUGUUUGUGGAUACUCGGCUAUAAUCAAAUUUAUGUUUGUAAGAUUUGUGUUUGACUGAAUAUUAAAAGUGUAAAAUCA